AUGACUGUUACAACCUUUCCUUUUGCUGCCUUUAAAGACAGCAUAGAAAGGCAGGCAUUUUUGGAGUCACCAACAGACAACUUUGGAGUCAGCAUGAGACUGAAGCUGUGGACAUCAACUGGACUUCUGGUUUUGGUGCUCUUAUUGCUGACGUCACGUGCGGCUGGGAGUCCCUACCAGAGAAAAAUUUGCACCGAACCGACAAAAGAUGUGCCUUAUUCUUGUGGUACCCGGCCGUUGUUUCCGGACUCUCGACAAAAAUCUACAAAAAUUUUAGGAGGUCACGACGCUGCAUACGGAUCGAAUCCCUGGCAGGCGAACCUGUAUGCAAAAAUGGAAGAUGAAUCAACAAUUCGUUUCUGUGGAGGGACUAUUUUAAAUGAAUACUGGGUACUUACUGCCGGUCACUGUGAUAUUGAUGGUGCGAUCGAGUUUUUUAUUUAUGUUGGAGAUAACUAUCUUGGAUAUGAUUAUGAGGAGGAAGAACAACGGUUAACAGUGGAAAAGAUUAUCCUGCACGAAAAGUUCUUGCAUAUACCAGAAACAAACACAAGUAAAUUUACGAUCAGAAAUGACAUCGCCUUGAUGAAAAUCAAGCCGGUGAAUGGCCGUGGGAUCCAGUUCGGUAACUACGUCCAGCCGGCCUGUCUGCCUGAUGCUGACACUAAACUGAAACCUGAUCAAAAGUUUACAAUCUCUGGCUGGGGCAUGACAAAACCAGACGUUUCACCGGACACCUUGCAAGAAACACUGGUUACACUCAAAGACACAUACGGCUACUGCACAUUUAAUAAAAAAGACAAAAAUUACAACCCUGACUUGAUGUUAUGUGCGCCAACAUUAAACAACAACACAUGUCGGGGCGACAGUGGCGGGCCUUUAGUUGCCAACGUCAAUGGUGUUUACCAAGUGUUUGGUGUGACGUCGUAUGGAUUCGGGGAAUGUAAAUUUGUGGUGAGUUACUUUACCAAAGUACAGGCUUACUUGGACUGGAUUUAUUUUAACAUCAUGAACAACAGCGAGAAUGACGGUGAGAAAUUCCUGCCAUCCAGUCCAACAUUCCAAAAGAUCAUGUAAAUUUUGGCAGUUUUGAAAAUACAAAGUUUUCCUAUUUCUUUUUAUACGAAUUCUUUAAAAAAUAUGUAUAUUUAAAAACACUCUUUAAUAAAAAUUUAACUGGCGGGUAUUUUGUAUCUAAAAAGACUCUGUGUAAAAACGAAACAAGUUCAAUUAAUAUGUAUGUUACAUUUUUUUCGUAAACCUAAAAUUGGACUCUUAAAUAAUAAAUAAAGCCUAAUAAUAUUGAUUUCA